CGAGGCGGCACCUGAUUGGCUGGUGGCGGCGGGGGGCGGGGCCGGGCGAGGCGCUUUUGUUCGGGCGGCGGCAGCGGUGGCGGGGCCAUGUCGUACGUGCCGGGGCAGCCGGUCACCGCCGUGGUGCAAAGAAUUGAAAUACACAAGCUUCGACAAGGUGACAAUUUGAUUCUGGGAUUCAGCAUCGGAGGCGGCAUUGAUCAGGAUCCGACUCAGAACCCUUUCUCUGAAGACAAGACCGACAAGGGUAUCUAUGUCACAAGGGUGACAGAAGGAGGCCCAGCAGAAGUUGCAGGACUGCAGAUUGGAGACAAAAUCAUGCAGGUGAACGGCUGGGAUAUGACAAUGGUGACCCAUGACCAAGCUAGGAAGAGGCUGACAAAAAGGAAUGAAGAAGUGGUACGGCUGCUGGUGACCCGGCAAUCUCUGCAGAAGGCUGUGCAACAAUCCAUGAUGUCCUAAUCUAUCACCAAGUUGGGGAAGGGUUGGGGAGGGAGAUGUAUAGACAGUUAUCAAGCAAGGAAGCAAAUACUAGAUGGAGCAGGUGGUCUGGAAGGAGUGCAUGUUCCUAACUGUGGUAAACACGUUUUUUUUUCCUUCCUCUGGUGUAACUGGCAGUAGUAAAAUCUAGUCCCCUCAGCAGAGCGCCUCUCUAAAGUCUUCCCUGCAGGUACAUGGUAAGACUUUAUUGUAGUCAGGGCUUUCAGGAGGGCAGGACAAACCCUAGUUAUUUAAGAAAGCAACUGGAAAAGCCUUAACUUUGACACACACAGCACAAAAGCUUCCUAUUUUAAGAGGAAAUGUGGUUUCUGCUAUGGAGGAUAGAGGGUUUGCUGUGCUGAAGCUUUUAGAAAUGAGCUGUCCUGUCUUCCCACUCUAGCAAAUGCUAGAAUUAGAGUUGCAUGCUGCUGUGGGGAGGAGCACUGUACUAAUCCCACAUUGUGUGCUAGCUAGACACAGUAUGCUGAAGGGUUUGGGGCAUUAUGUGUUACUACAAAGAUUCCCUGUGUGCAAAAGUAGCCUCUUUGGACAAGAAACAACUACAACACGAGUUAGAUUAAUGCCUGUGAAGUACACUAAAAGUUCAUAGACACUAUAGUUCAGAGUAAAACCUUAAUUCUCCUUGUUCCCAAGUAAUUUGUAAUGACAAAUGAAUCAAGUUUAAAUGAAGGGAAUAUGGAAUAGGAAAGAAAACACUGUUGUUGAACUUGGCAAGAAAGCUGCUCGUAGCUGUAGAGUUUUCAGUUCUUCAUUCCACUUUGAGACUUUAAAUGGGAAGGGUGGAUUUUGGUCUGUCUUAUAGAAGACUUUGCUUAAAUCACUGAUUAUUGGAUGGAAGAGAUGAAUAUGCCAGUAAUUUGCAAAAGUGCCUCUUGACCAAAUUUAAACUUCUGGUAAGAUACUAAGUUGUUUAAAUCAACAUGCCGCAGGAUUUAAGAUUUUUGAUGCAACACUAAGUUAAUUAUCUAGCAUCCUAGUGGCUUUUUAACCAGUUAGCUUUACAGUUAUCCAAAAACUGGAGUUCUUAAUCCCCUUCAGUUGAUUUAUACAAAGCUAUACUUUCCUUAAACGGUCUUCAGGUAAGCUGUUGUAAAUAGAACAUGAGGAGGUGGCAGACUAACUUAUUCAGUACAUUACUGCUGUGCCAUGUACGUAUGUUGUGAUUAAUGCAUCUCAGACUGUUCUGUACACACCAGCAGAUGCUUAUUUACAAUUUUUAUAUUAUGGAAUUACUACAAUACUGCUUUUGAAUUUUGUAAGUUAAGAAUUCAGUGGUAAAUUUUAAGGCUUUCAAGUUGAAGUUAUUUUUGUUACUAUAAAGAUACACUGCUAUUUGUACUGCUAUUUCACUUGAUUUUACACACAAUAAAACAGUUGGAUUUCCUGA